AAGAUGGCGGCGGCCUGAGGGGAGUCAUGGCGGGGCUGGCGCGGCGGCUGCUCUGCAGGGCGGCGGGGCCGCCGAGCACCCGCCAGCUGCGGGAGGCCGAGGAGGCCGCCCCGGUGUUCCAGUACGCGGGGAAGGCGGCCAAGCGCAACGACCGCGUGUUCGUGUGGGGCUUCAGCUACUCGGGCGCCCUGGGCAUCCCCAGCUUCGUGAAGCCGGACGCGAGCUGGAAGAAGCCGCGGCGCAUCCAAACCACGCCGUACCGCCUGGAGACACAGGAGAAGAUAUCCUCUGCUGCCUGCGGUUAUGGAUUCACACUGCUGGCUUCUAAUACCAGAGACAUCACCAAGGUGUGGGGCAUGGGGCUCAACAAGGAUUCCCAGCUUGGAUUCCAGAGAAGCAGAAGAGAUCAAACUAAGGGCUAUGAAUAUGUCUUGGAACCAUCUCCAAUUCCGUUACCACUGGAGAAGCCACAGCAAACUCGAGUCUUGCAAGUGUCCUGUGGGAGAGCCCAUUCCCUGGUCCUGACAGAUAAUGAAGGAGUUUUCACAAUGGGAAACAAUUCUUAUGGACAGUGUGGCCGGAAGGUUGUUGAAGAUGAAAUUUACAGUGAAAGCCAUCUCAUUCAUCAGCUGAAGGAAUUUGACAGCAGAGUUGUCCAGGUUGUGUGUGGGCAGGACCACAGUCUGUUUAGAACCAAGAAAGGUACAGUCUAUGCAUGUGGAUGGGGAGCUGAUGGACAAACAGGUCUUGGACACUAUAACAUCACCAGUGUUCCUACUAAGCUGCAUGGGGACAUUGCUGGAGUAAACAUUAUCCAGGUCUCUUCCUAUGGGGACUGUUGUCUGGCUGUUUCAGAUGAAGGAGAUGUCUUUGGCUGGGGAAAUUCAGAAUACUUGCAGUUGGCAUCUGUCACAGAAAAUACACAGGUGAAUGUUCCCAGGCAUUUGCCAUUCAAGAUUGGGAAGAUAAAGGAGGCUGCCUGUGGAGGGACUGGCAACAUGGUGCUGACAGAAGAAGGAAAUGUUUUUGUCUGGGGAUAUGGAAUUCUUGGGAAAGGACCAAAUCUAAUAGAGACAGCAGUGCCAGAGAUGAUCCCACCCAGCCUUUUUGGCUGGUCAGACUUCAGUCCAGACAUCCGUGUUGCUCAUGUUCGCUGUGGACUCAGCCAAUUUGCAGCACUUACAAACAAAGGAGAACUGUUUGUGUGGGGAAAGAAUCUAAGAGGGUGCCUAGGAACUGGAAGAAUGGAAGACCAGUAUUUCCCAUGGAGGGUGUGGCUGGACAUUGGGGGUUAUGCCCUUUGAGACAGGCAGCUCCUGUCUGACAGUGCUGUGGCAAUGUGCCAGGAUCCUUGUCUGUGACCUCCUGCCCUACAACUAGCUGCUGUCCUCUGUCUUGCCUCUAAGGAAAAACUUGCUUUUUUAGACUCUGCUUUCCUCAAGUUUGAAGUCAGUUUUAAGUGAGUAAGCUUCAGGAGUGAGGCGCUGGUCUAUUGGCAUCAAAGCACAAACUGCCUUAGGGUGAGUUGAAUCUUUGUCUUGUUCCGGUUCUUGAUGAUGAAAGAAGAGGCAAAUCCCUGUGGUACUUGGGCAGACCCUCUUCCUAAUGUCUAGAUUAUGCUCUGUUCAGUCAUGCUGCUCCUGCUGCUGAACAGAUGGGCUGAGGCUACAAUCUCCUCACUGUCUGCUAGUGAGCCUGCUCUUCUUUCUCCUUCCAAAGCUUUAUGGGCUUCUGUGAAGGAAAAAGAGUAUUUCACAGCUCAGUGCACAAGCCUGCCUGGUGCUGAAUCUUGCUCUUUCUGUGCUUUCAAGUUGGCACUUGCAUUGGUACAAAUCCCUGUGAAACUAGCUGGCAUGUUGAGCAGAAGGAGGAUGAGAAAUAGGAAGUACCAGGUACAAAGUUCCAGCUGGAUAAAUAACGCAGUGUCAUGUGUUUCACCCAGGUGACUGUACCCGGAGAGGUGGUGGAUGUGGCGUGUGGAGUUGAUCAUAUGGUAAGCAUGGUCAGGUCUUUCACCUAGAGAUGUUGCUGGGUCUCAGCACUGUACCAGGGCUUGUUUUUGAGCUUCUUGGAAAGGAAAACUCAUUUUAUGGAACCAAGUGACUGUGAGCAGACAGCUAAAGCAGCGUCUGGGUGCCUUAUCAUCCCUGCCUUGCUGAAAUGCUGUGGCCUGGCUGCAGGAAGGAAGCACGUUCCCCGAGGAGCAUGGAGAUGCAGGGAGUGCUCUUGCUCCUUUGUGAUGAGCUCCCAGAGAAUCUGAGGCCCAGCCCCAAGCUGGUGAACCCCUCUGUGCAUGCAGAGCAUCUCCCUUAAGGAAGACUGGCAUGGGAUGAAAUCUACAACACAGGACAUUGAAAUAUGGACAUUUCCUGUCAUCAGUUCUGGAGUUAGUGUUUUGCAGAGCCAGACUAUUUCUCAAGGGAAAACUUGGGUGGUUUUUUAUUACUAUUGUGUGGAAGAGAGGUCAUGCUAUGUCCUGAAGCCCAGCACAGUUGUCCUGGGUGGCCAUCCUGAUCUGCCCUGUGCCAAGGCUGUUACCCUGUGCAGAAACUGAAUGCACAGCCCUUGCCUGGAGGCAGUGAUGUGUCUGAGGGCUGUUGAAGACCUUCUGUAUUAGUGCUAAAGACUGAACACCAAAGGAGCACAUUCAAAGAGUGAGAGCCUGUUUGCAGGGGUAAGUACUAUCAAAUAAGACAGCAGGCUCUGUGCUGCAGGACAGAUGGAUGGUGACAAGCCAGUCUAGCUUAUUGAGGGAGGCUGGAAACACAGCCCUUGAUCAGCUGCCUGCAAAAUCAGUGCUCAGGCAUGGAUGUGAGCAGUGCUCACCACCCCUCAGGUACCUUUGUCUCCUUGUGCUGAUCACACAUCACUGCCUUUGAUUGUUUUUGGAUUCCCUACACUCUUUCUGUUUUCAGAGGUAUGGUGGCUCUCAGUUGUAAUUACCUGGGGAUUUCAGGAUUGCCUAGCAGGGGAAGGAAUGGGUAAAAAGCAGAGCUACAUUCCUUGGUACCUUCUUAGCAGUAAGCUGAUAGAGAUGGGAUGCAACAGCUGUAUCUGUAGCAGGCACUUACCCAAUCUCACACCCAAGUGUGGGGAACUGCCUCCUGUGAAACACUCCAAACAUCAGGCAGAGUUGUGACUUUUCUCUCUGUGUGGGAUACUUUCGUGUGCAAACUGUUUAGGUGGAAUCCAAGCUAGUAGGUUUUCAAUAAAGUGAUGAUAAAAUCUUUAUCAGUAGUAAUAGGCGUAUUGUUGAGCAUGAUUUGCUCAUGCAUUGAUUGGCUCUGCAUUUGAACUGCAGCAUUUUGGGUCAGUUAUGUGACAGGAAACCACUUUUGUCAGCUGGGCUGGCUCCAUACCUGCAGGACUGAUGGUGUUGUAGGUAGGUAUUGCAUCCAUAUAUUGGCUUCAUUAGAUGAAAUUCUGUGCCAAAAUUCAGUGUGUAAACUUUAAUUAAAGUAAAUUUUGAAGGGUUUGCAUGAAAUAUAGGAAAGGUGAACCAAAGUACAUGGAAAUAGAGCCACAUCUCUUGAGUUGUUGUUGAUGUUCCUGUGUAACACGCACUGCUGGGUGGUUGGGACAGAACAAAAAGCUACCAUGAAACUGGCAGACCUUCAGAACUGUGAAUUCUCAUUUGGUUGGCUUUAAUUUAUACCUUAUUCUAUGCAACUUGAGCAGUGUGUGGUGCCCAGGCAUGUCUUGUUGGCCUCAUGGGAGCUGCUCUCAUUCACAGCUGUUUCCUGGUGCACCUUGGGGCUGGGCCUUCUCAAGAGCUGGGUUGAGUCCUUGUGUUGCAUUCUUGCUGUACAAUAAAUUGCAAAUUCUGUGUUAAUGA